AAAAAAAGAAGUAUGACUUCCAGAAACUUAAUGAUAAACAUAGUAUGAUCUUGUUGUCAGCAGAUGCGUUUCACGAUAAAUUCAAUACUUUUAAUGGACGCGGCUCAAGAUAUGGAACUAAUUAAUAAGAUCACCUAAUUUGGUGCAGGCUGAAAUGGGUAUUGGGUUCUAUCUUACCCUUAAUGUUCUCAGUUUGGAAACAAAAGUGGGACAACAUGCUAAGGCUUGAAGGUAAGGUAGAAGAGGUUGUUAGAGAAGCAGAGGAAGUGGCUGAGGUUGUUGAAAAGGUUGCGUCUAAAACAGAAAAACUAUCAGCAGAAGUUGCAGAGAAGCUAGACAAUGGUGAACUGAAACACGCCGCUCUAAUAGUUGAACAUGCAUCUAGCGUGAUUGCUAAAGAAGCUCAAAUAACUGAAAGUUUCAUCCAUAAGGUAGGUCAUCUCAAGCAAGACCUCAUGGACUUGGAGACCAUGGUAGAACCUGUCAUUGAUAAAUUUGAACACAAGAAGUAGGUUACACAUAACUAAGAAAGAUUAUAAGACAAAUUGUUUUGAAUGUCUUUACAAAUUAAGUUGUACUAAAAUAUGCCUUAUCAUGUAUAUAUCCUUUUUCAGAAGGCUUAUGAUCAUGUAUAUAUAUUAACACUAACAUAUGUAUGUAAAAUCACCAGGAGCACUAGCCAGAUUAUAUUUGAUUGGCAAGUGAUUCUAUAU